GGGGAAGCCCACGGAAGGCUUGGGGCCUGGGCCCCCCAUGUAGGGCGCGCUCCGAGCCGCAGACGCGCAACGCGCCCCCUGCCCCCGGCCCAUGGCGGUGACAGUGUCCCCGGGUGGGGCGGGGGGCUCGGGCUGGGCCUGGCGGCCCGUGGCGCGGGACGUGCUUCUGGCUCGAGCCUUCCAUUCAUGCACUGAACUUCGGGGACGGCUCUAUCUCGUGGGGGGCCUCCUAGCAGGAGGGGCGAGGGAGCCCAGCAGUGACACGGUGGUCUUCGACCCUGCUGAGGGCCAGGCCGUGCGACUGGAAGCGCGGGGCAGCCCCCGGCGCAGUCACCACGAGGCGGCGGCCGUGGGCGGGCGCUGGCUCUGCGUGGUGGGCGGCUGGGAUGGCUCUCGCCGCCUGGCCACCGUGGCCGCGCUGGACGCGGAGCGCGGAGUGUGGGAGGCCUGGACGGGGAUCCCAGGCAGCUGCCCCCCGGCCGGCCUCAGUAGCCACACCUGCACCCGCCUCUCGGACCGCGAGCUGCGGGUGGCCGGCCGGGAGGGCGGUAUCCGCACGCAGCGACGUUACGGAAGCAUCUACACGUUAGAGCUGGACCCUGGCGCACGCACAUAUUGCUACAAGGAAGAAAGCUGCCACACGGUCUCCCGCUCAGGUCACUGCGCUGCCCUGCUCCAGACUCUUGGGCGCCCCCCAGGGCAUCAGCUUUUGCUCUUUGGGGGUUGCAACUCAGCUGAACCAGAAGUAGCUGGAAACUGGAGUCCUGGGAAGAUUAAGGAGGACCCACCAGUUGCUCCUCAUUUGAUGGAACAGCUUGCAAGGCUUGUGAGCAGUGGCAGGGGGUCCCUGCAAGGGCCCCGGGGACUCCGGCAUCACUCGUGUUCUGUGGUGGGGCCUUUUGCUGUGCUAUUUGGUGGAGAAACUCUGACCAGAGCAAGAGAUACCAUCUGCAAUGACCUCUACAUCUAUGACACCCGCAAGUCUCCUCCUCUGUGGUUCCACUUCCCCUGUGCAGACCGUGGGCUGAAACGUGUGGGCCAUCGUACCUGCCUCUGGAAUGAUCAGCUUUACCUGGUUGGCGGUUUUGGUGAGGAUGGCAGGACAGCUAGUCCACAGGUUUGCACUCUGGACCUCCUUAUCUAAAGAACUGUGCCAAGAUACACCACUGAGGCUGUUUGACUGUAAACCCACAAAGCAUUAUCACCAAAGCUAUCUGCCUCACUCUGAAUGCUUAUUAAAUUUUAAAUUUCAACCUGA